UUAGAAUAAGGAUCGUAAAUUAAAUGAACGUUUGUUUCUUGUGUUUGCAGAUAAACAAGUAGUGCUGCCGCGUACCAACUUUGGGAAUAGAAAUGAGUUGAGGAUCGACUACGAUGUUGAGUCGUCUUUCGGCCGUGGUGGCCUCCAUUUUGGUUCACCAGAUAUACUUUCUAUGCACUGCCAACACAUUAGGUGCGAAGCCAUUUCCAGGUUUUGAAAACUUGCCACGCUCAUUUUGGCACGAACUUAGUUCACCUUUCACAGAGGUUUACGAGGUGGAGAAUUUCGUGACUGAAACAGGUGGCACUCCUGAACCGAGGCCAUUUUUCGAGGAUCCAGAAAGCAACAUUACUGUACAGCUCGGCGCCCAAGUCUACAUGCACUGCAGAGUACAAAAUCUACAAAAUACUCUUAAGGUGUCCUGGGUACGUAGACGGGGAGAAGAACUUCAUUUACUCACCAUUGGCCUCGACACGUACGCGAGCGACUCCAGAUUUUCCCUGGCCUUUGAGAAGCCUAAUGACUGGCGAUUGCUUCUGCGCUCCGCUACGGAACGCGAUGCCGGCCUUUACGAGUGUCAAGUCAGCGCCCACCCACCAUUAAUCAGAACUGUCCAUCUAGCGGUGUCAGUGCCGAAGGUGGAAAUAGUGGAUGAGCACGGCGCUACGGCUGGUGACAAGUUCUACAAAGCAGGUAGUACAAUAGAGCUGAAGUGUGUAGUCAGCAAUAUACCGCAACCCACUGGCUAUGUCACGUGGCGACACGGAUCUCGUACGUUAAAUUACGACACGACUCGUGGUGGCAUCAGGAGAGAAUCCAGCUGCCAUGCAACACGGCGGUACCACGGCCCCGAGGGCGACCUUUGUCUUUACCGUUGUGAUAUCACUAUCAUCGCUCCUAAGGUGACCGUGAUGACCCCGGUGCGUUUUGGACCUGCGAUCCGAAUGGUGCUAAUUUUCUCUUUCCCCACGGAGACUCGUGCGCCCGGAACAUCCUCUCGAAACGGACGGGAACUUUGGGCAUUAGGCCCUCCACCCCUCUCGCGCACGCACGUCACAUGCGAUCUCGCUGCGAAUUACAUAGUACGGGUAUAGGUAUAUUCUCACGCGGGACGCAGAUACGUCCGUGUGCGCGCGCGGCAACGACGGAGAUAUCAUCCGAAUCCGUUUCGAUCGGACUUAACUUUUGGACAAGUAAGCUUCGCGCUACGAAGCACCGCGUCUCGGCAGUUUCGUCGCACGGCGAGACGGCGUAUAUCAGUUUCCACAGAGCAUUUCCGAGCAUCUCUCCCGAGAAACUUGACUAAUCGCUUCCAGCGGCGAUCAAUGCGGGAUUUGCGUGGAGGACGAAUAGCGUUCGCGCGCGCUCAGAACGCACGCUGUGAAUUUCAGGAAGAGGGAUAGAAACUUCGCGUCUCUCCCUCGUAUUUGAGCUCUUGGUACUAACGUGUUGACGCUGCAUUGUUAAUGCGUACGUUAUUUACACGUCCGCAAUGUUCAAACGCGGAUACGUUAAUUAAGAGAAUUCCGUUCAUGUGAUAUGUAAUGCCCGACUAUCUAUGACAUACGUUCGUGGGUGUGCUGGAAGAGAAAUAGCCAAGCGAUAAUUCGAUCGAUUGCAAUCGAAGACGCUCACCUUUUAUCGCUUCGUCCGUAAACGAAUUUUAAGAUUGACGUAGAUUCUGUUUGUUACUCGUUUAAGUACCAAUUAAAUUUCGGGGCACAUCGUUUAUUGAUUUUGCAUAUCGUUUUUUCGGAGGGUGGAACAACGAAGACCUGCUUAUCGAUCGAAAGAGACGAAUCUCGCGAGGGUAAGUGCGUUAUAAAGUUCGAAGAUUUGGAAUGUAUGUAUAUACUUUUGUAUAUAUAUACCUUUAUACAAUAUAUAUUUGUUGAAUUUAUAUUCUGUCUGUAAACUGUUAUGUAUUUUUAGAAUCGGAUUAAUUAUAAGAUUUUCCAAACGACACCGUCCAAGGAAUUCGGCACCGACUACCGUGACUAUAAAUUGGAAUUAACUUUGCUUUCAACCGAUUUGUAUAAUUAUACAAUUACAUCUCUCUCUGCCUAGUCCGCGGAGUAAUAAAAGUAUUGUCACUAAAAUUUUGUAUAGCUUUGAACUAUAUAACUCCACGUGUAUCUACAUAUCAUCACCCACAUUUUCGCUUUGCUUUGUUAAAAUACAAAUCUUUACACAAAACGAAACUGAUCUGUUUACGAAAUCAACAAACAAUUGACAUUUACGUUGUAAUUUCGCAAACGAAAUUACGCCGCUAAUGAAGAAUCGCUGAAGCGAAGCAUCGAUUUUAUCGACAUAGCGUUAUUGUUGCACGAUUUUAUCUAGACAAAAUGUGGAAGCAAUAUUUUCGAGGCUGGCACUGGCUCAAAGAAAUCGACACCUUUGUCGAGCAUAAAACUUUGUCGUGUACAAAACGACGAUGCAUCGCCCGUUGUUCAGUGGUAGUUUUCAUGCUCGCGGCGCGAAAAAUACGCGAUGAACGGGGCCGAUGAAGAUCUAUUCAUCGUUCGUCAUUCGCUCAAAAUACGCUGGACGUUGACGAGCGACAACUAAAAUCCGUCAGUUAUCCAAAGAUUACGUAAUUAUUGCGGGUGUAAUAAAUGUUAUAUUGUGAAAAUUUAACAUGACCAUUUUUCUCUCCCAGUUGUUGAGUAUAUUUUUAUAUUUUUGAGUAUAUUUUAUCAGCAUGCGAAUCGCUCCGGCCGAAUAACUCUACAGAAGGAUUUAUGCUUUUACACUCGUAUAUAACUGUUACACAUUUUAUUUUACAAUUUUCUUUAGAAAAUGCAGUGCGGGAUGUACACAAUUCUAUAUACAUUAAAUUGAAGUAACAUUAUUAUUUAUAUAUAAAAUCACUAGAGUUAUACGAAUUAUUAGAUUUUGAAACACAUUUUUCGUUUAUUUCAUUUUGUGUUACAUCUUGUACGAAUGCAAAUAACAUAAUUUAUCAGUCACUUGAAAGGCGACAAAAUUUUUUCUAUACGCAUAUUACGGAAAUAAUCUGUGCAAUCUUAUAAGAACGGAUAACUAACUCAAUUUAUAACAUUUUAUUGCCACGCGAGUGGCUUUCAAUCCACGUCAUAUCCUCUAAAUUAUAUUUUGAAUCGAUCAAAUUGAUUUGCACGAAAUACCACUGGAAAUUGAGUGAAACAACUGGGGAGGUAGCGUGCGAAGACGUACGCUAAAUUCAUAAACCUCGUGUGAAAUCUAAUAGCGUUUGCGUUUCGGUAAGCGCGCAAAUAGCGUUUGCAUUUUCGAAAUUUUACAGCACGAUACGGCGGUAAGUAUACGAUUGCGCGAGGGAUGUAAUGCAGAUUGCCCGGGCGGAAACUGCAGUGUGCAGGGUCGGGACGCGUGGCACCGUAAAAGCGCGACAAGUCGGACAAGGAUCGAUCGGGCAACAAAUUACCGAUCGCGCCGAUGGAAAAUGAACCGUUAAGCAGCCCUACCUGACAAUGACGUACGGUUAGUUUGGCGUAAAUCAGUAGUUUCCACUCGCGGCAAUGCCCCCGUUCGCCGGCUGUAAUGUGAUAAUUUAACAGAGGCAUUAUUGCACGAGCAGGUGCAAAAUAUUUCAACGAGGCGCGUGCGGCCGCGCGCGCGAUCCGUUACGCAAAAGCCACAUCCGCGCGUAACCAGCGCCCGCGAUAAAUUUAAUUAUUAUUUCGAGCGAGAGGUAGAGCCCCGAAUCCCAAAGCGGGUAUCGGGAUACGCAUUGAAUCGUAACGACAUCCGAGCGUUUCGCGGGCAAAACUUUCCAUUCGGUCCCGCGGUUCUUCAGUUUAUCGCCGGCUUCUUUCGUCGCCGUUCCGCUAUCUCUUAAUGGAAGUUUCGCAGACUAAGUCGUCCGUUCUGCUCCCUUGUUUCUGCACGGGCGUUCAGACGGUCUUAAAUCCGCGAGAGCCCAAUUAUGCGAAUUAAUGUCAAGCGCGCAAACUACGACUGACAGUUUUAUAACUACGUCGACGGCGCAAACGUAGAUUUUACACGCCAACUAUUCGCUGUCGCUCGCCGACAGGCAACACGACCGAAUGUCAUCAGUUUCGAUUGUUUGCUUGUUUUGCGUUUGUUCGCGCGCGGGAUUCAUUUCCGAAGAAUAUGAGAGAAAGCUUUUAGCUGCAAUAUCGCUUCGCAGCGUAUAUCGUUUAAUUCUUAGAAAAAAUUUAGCAGCUUAAAUCGCCCUUUUGUCUAACAACAAUUUUUCUUCAAUUUCUCGUUUAGUUAUUAAUAGUGAAAUGAUAAAUGUUAAAUAUAACUGUAGUGUUAAGCUUAAAACCAAAUGCCUCGCAUUAGUUUCCAAACGAGCCCCGAAGAUAUUGCAUCUUAUUGAAAUAACCGUAAAAUAAUUAUUGAAAUAACCGUAAUAGACCAUGGUCAUUUCUAUCUAUUGGUGAUAUUUCAACUGUUAAAAGUUAUCGUUUAAAUAAGUUAUACAUCGGUAGAAAAUAUGUAACGAUUGAGAAACACUUAUUUCAACGAUGUCGCAUAAUUAUUUAUCAAUUAUCACGUAGGCUUCAUAUGCGAACGAUAUAUAAUUGGUAGGUUUUGAUAUCGAGGCAAAUUUAUACUUAUCUGCUUAUCUGCACACACCGACUUUUAAUAGUCUUCGCUCAGAACAAUUCUGCGUUUGGUCCCGCUAAUCUCGGGGAGAUUAUCUCUAAUUAAAAGUGGCCCUCCGGAAUAAGCAUUGUUUCGUUUUUAAUAUUUUCUCUUUUGUUUUUCCACGCCCGGCCAGGUAUGGCCAGCCAUUGUCCACUGUGCGACGAUUACCGCUCGCGCGAAAGUCUCUGGAUAAUAUCAUACGUUGGGGCGUUGUGUAUACGUCUGUGCACGAGAUUGCGAGCGAAAUAAUCUACGUGUGUUCGAUAAUGUAAUUCGAAAUUAGAAGUUAAGCCGCGGGCAGCUGUAUAAUUUCUGAACGGUGGGAAGGACGUGCGAAAGUGUGGUGUAUGUACGCCGCGUCAUGCCGCGUGAAUUCGCGCGUGCAUGCGCGUGUUCUCCAAUAUAUUCUAUCAUCAUUAAUCAUAUUUCAUCGCCAUGCAUCCAUACUAAUGUAUCCCCACGAUAACGGUUAAAGCAAGUCUGUAAGCACAUCUGUACGUUAUUGGUACUACUAUAUCAUUAUUAAUGCGAUUAAAGCGAACGAACCCAUGAUGCCCAGUCCAUCAGCAAACGCAGAGAAAGAGAGAGAGAGAGAGAGAGAGAGAGAGAGAGAGAGAGAGAGAGAGAGAGAAAAAUAGGAAACUCAUUCAAUGUCGGUAUUCACUGUUCAUUAUUUAUAAAGACUCGAACGCAGGAUACAAUAAAAUGUAUAGUACUUAA